GGGGUGUGUAGGUAUGAAGGAAAAGGUGGAAUGUGUUCCAUUCGUUUAAGUGAGCCGCUCCUGAAGUUAAGGCCAAGGAAGGAUCUCGUUGAGACACUGUUGCACGAAAUGAUCCAUGCCCUGCUUUUUGUUACUAAUAAUGACAAAGAUCGUGAAUCUCAUGGGCCAGAGUUCUGCAAACACAUGCGUCGCAUUAAUCGCUUGACUGGAGCCAAUGUCACAAUCUAUCACAGUUUUCAUGAUGAGGUGGAUUUGUACCGCCAGCACUGGUGGCGAUGCAAUGGCCCCUGUCAGUAUAGAAGGCCUUACUUUGGAUAUGUGAAACGUUCGAUGAACAGAGCACCCUCUGCACGAGACUUUUGGUGGGCUGAGCAUCAAGAGACGUGUGGAGGUACAUUCACAAAAGUGAAGGAGCCAGAGAACUUUUCUAAGAAAUCCAAGGAGAAAACUCAGCCAGCAAAACUUCCAAAUUCCGAGUCAACCAACAAAGGCAAGACACAAAUCCGUGGUAUGCAAGAUCUGAUGCCUUUUAGUGGAAAGGGAUAUCGGCUUGGAGGAGGACAAAACAGUGCACUCUCAGAAAAAAGCACAAAUUCCAGCAGCAGUGUUGGAAACAGUGAAGCACCUGGUUCACAGCAUUGUUCAGCAGUAAGGACAAUACCAAUCCCUAAAAAUGAGAUAAAAUUUGAAAAAUCACCCCGUAGUGGCAUCUUCUUUCCACUUUAUACUGAUGAUGCCAGUGAGAAAAUCAACUUGGCUUCAAAGCGUGAGUUUCCUAAGCCCUCCGUUGCUGAUACAAAAGCUUACAGGAAUGUUAAUGGAUCGCCUGUUAAAAUUGCUCGUGUUAUGGAAGAAAAAUCAAACCAUGAUUCUGCAAAAGGCAAGAGGGUUAUGCCACUUUAUAACAGGCCACCGAAACAAAUUUGUUUUGAACAGAUAAAACCAGCUCAGGUUGCAUCUGGGGAAAAAAGGUCUGAGUGUACCAAUACACUGCAACAAUGGCCAACAAUGGAAAACAGAACUGCCUUUGAAAACUAUUUCAUUAAAAGAGGGGGUACUGAUGUUACUUCAGGUAUAAAUACACCCAUGAAAACCAAAGAUGAAUAUACAGUGUCCUCUGCAAGUUCCAGCGCUGCUGUAAGGCAGGAUAAACAAGUCAGUUGUCCGGUUUGCCAGGCUGAGGUUUUGGAGUCUAGAAUAAAUGAACACCUUGAUUCUUGUCUUGCAUGA